AUGGCCAUCACCAAGAUCCACGCCCGCUCCGUCUACGACUCGCGUGGUAACCCCACCGUCGAGGUCGACGUCGUCACCGACAACGGUCUCCACCGUGCCAUCGUUCCUUCUGGAGCUUCCACUGGCCAGCACGAGGCCUGCGAGCUUCGCGAUGGCGACAAGUCCAAGUGGCUUGGCAAGGGUGUCACCAAGGCCGUCGAGAACGUCAACACCAUCAUCGGCCCCGCUCUCAUCAAGGAGGGUAUCGAUGUCAAGGACCAGUCCAAGGUCGAUGAGUUCCUCAUCAACCUUGAUGGAACUCCCAACAAGACCAAGCUUGGAGCCAACGCCAUCCUCGGUGUCAGCUUGGCCGUUGCCAAGGCCGGUGCUGCUGAGAAGGGCGUCCCCCUCUACGCCCAUGUUUCCGAUCUCGCCGGAACCAAGAAGCCCUACGUCCUUCCCGUUCCCUUCAUGAACGUCCUCAACGGAGGCUCUCACGCCGGUGGCCGCCUUGCCAUGCAGGAGUUCAUGAUUGUUCCCGACGAGGCUCCUACCUUCUCCGAGGCCAUGCGCCAGGGUGCCGAGGUCUACCACGCCCUCAAGGGUCUCGCCAAGAAGAAGUACGGCCAGUCUGCUGGCAACGUUGGUGACGAGGGUGGCGUUGCUCCUGAUAUUCAGACCGCCGAAGAGGCUCUUGACCUCAUCACUGAGGCCAUUGAGCAGGCCGGCUAUACCGGAAAGGUCAAGAUCGCCAUGGAUGUUGCCUCGUCCGAAUUCUACAAGGCCGAGGAGAAGAAGUACGAUCUCGACUUCAAGAACCCCGAGAGCGACCCCGCCAAGUGGCUCACUUAUGAGCAGUUGGCCGACCUCUACAGCGGCCUCGCUAAGAAGUACCCCAUCGUCUCCAUCGAGGACCCCUUCGCCGAGGAUGACUGGGAGGCCUGGAGCUACUUCUACAAGACCACUGAUAAGGCCAUUGAGCUCAAGGCCUCCAACGCCCUUCUCCUCAAGGUCAACCAGAUUGGUACUCUCACCGAGUCCAUCCAGGCCGCCAAGGACUCGUACGCUGACAACUGGGGCGUCAUGGUCUCCCACCGAUCCGGUGAGACCGAGGAUGUUACCAUUGCCGACAUCGUUGUUGGUAUCCGAUCCGGCGAGAUCAAGACUGGUGCUCCUUGCCGAUCCGAGCGUCUUGCCAAGCUCAACCAGCUUCUCCGAAUUGAAGAGGAGCUCGGCGAGCACGCCGUCUAUGCCGGAAAGAACUUCCGCAACGCUGUUAACCUGUAA